AUGUGUAGCAGGCCCACGGACGAGGGCUCGGAGCCCGGCGUCGACUCGUCGCAGGCCAACCUUAACCGUUACCGGUUGCAUCUGUACAAUUACGCGCUGCAGGCCGAACGCCUGCGGUUGUCGGCCGUCGGCGGUGGAUGGGGCGCCGUGUGCCCCGUAUACCCGACCACCGCGGCCGCGGCCGCCGCAGGAAUCUAUCCGCCCCGGUUCCCGGUGGCUCUGUUCCAUCCGGGCAUCGGGGCCGGCGGUCAAAACGCCGCGGACGAGCCCAAACCGCAGCACAGCUAUAUCGGACUGAUCGCGAUGGCCAUCCUGGGCUCGGCCGAGGGCAAGCUCGUGCUGUCCGACAUCUACCAGUACAUAUUGGACAACUAUCCGUACUUCCGGACCCGGGGUCCGGGUUGGCGCAACUCGAUCCGACACAACCUGUCGCUCAACGACUGUUUUGUCAAGGCCGGCCGGAGUGCCAACGGCAAGGGCCAUUACUGGGCCAUACACCCGGCUAACGUGGACGACUUCAAGAAGGGAGACUUCAGGCGCCGGAAAGCGCAGCGCAAGGUCCGCCGGCACAUGGGUUUGGCCGUAGACGACGACGGCAACGAUUCCCCCAGCCCGCCGCCGCCACCGCCGCAACAGCAUCACGCCGUGGCCCUGCAGUCGCCGGUCAUGUGGCAGCCUCCUCCGGUCCCGUCUUCCGGCGGCGGACACCCGUCGCCAUUCUACUUUCAGCCCGCGGUCGUGCCACAACACGUCCAGCAACACCAUCAUCACCAUCAUCAUUCGGCGCCCGUCGUGCAGGCCAGGGCGCAAAAACGGCAGUUCGACGUGGCCUCGCUGCUGGCGCCGGACCCUCCGAAACGACACCACCUACACCGGAACGACCCGAUGACCCUGAUGACCGCUGUGCAAACGACAACGUGCACGACGACGACAGCCGCCGUGAUGACGGGCGGCAGUAGCGACGACGACGACGAGGCGGCCUGCAGUCGAAACGGAAACGGCGGCGGUGGCGGCGGCGUCUGGGAGCCGGCGGGCCUGCUGCAGCGGUAUUACGAGCAGCAGCUGCAAGCGGCGCACAGGCUGCACGCGUUCCGCCAGUCGCUGGGCUUGCAGCGGAUGAUCAGUGGCGGCGGCGGCGGCCCUUGGCCCGCCGCCGUCAUCGUGGACCGGAACCAGACGCCCUCGCCGUCGUCGCUGCAGCAGUACGCCACGACCGGUACGCCGGACGAUCCGAUCAAAACCGAACUAGUCGACUGAGGUAAACGCGCGCGUUUUUCAAUAAUCUCACGUAUAGGUAAUAAACGUAUUAACGAUAAUACGAAUGCAAAUAACGUCGAAAUAAUUAAUACAUUUAAUGUUUCGUUUACAAAUCGAGUGUAUAGUGUGAAUACGAGUAGCGGUUUGCGAGCGUAGAUUCGUUUUGCUCGUGUCGAUAUAAUAGAACUAUAUUGUAGGAGGCGUCAUUUUCACGCGAUAAAUUAUACCAGUCGGAAUCACGAUCCGAUUCCGUCUCGUAUUAUUGUAUAAAAUAUUAUUACCCGCGAUUUCACGUUCAUACGUUGAGAAAAACGAGCAGUACUAUGAUGUUGUUAUUGUUUUCACAGUAACUUAUCGGUCUUUUCGCCUUUUUCGGCGGUAUACCGACCGACCGGCCGGUAGGCGUAAAUAUCGAAUGGGGGGAAGGGUCCGGGGUCACUCGAAAUUUUGUUUUUCCCGCCAAAAACCGAUGACUUACAAACACUAAACGCAUAAUCGUCUUGAGCAAAAAAACAAAAAAAAAAAAAGAUUCUAAAAAACAUGAACGCAACGCAACGCAACGCUUUUAUUACGAGUAUUUGAAAUAGUAUUUUUCAUUAUAAUUUUUUUUUUUGUUUUGCUUGUUAAUAAAUGUCGCCGCUCCCGAGUUACUAAUUAAACACUAGUUACUCAAAUAUCACAGGCUAAUUUAAGGGUCCGGGGAAAGAACGAGAACAGUCCGUUUUUGUUUUUAUUAUUUUUUUUUUUUUUCGGUUAAUUUUCCUAUUAUAUUCGCUGACUAUCGUGAUUAUAGUAUCAAAACAAUAACCCGACGUGGUGAAAAUCCGGGAUGAAAUUUGUGUGUACCUGGUAGAAAUAAUACGUUUUGUGAAACGUUUAAAAUUCGCUACUAAACAUUCGGUAUAUUCCCGCGCAGUUCUUCCCCCGGAAUCGUUCGAUUAUCACGUUACGCCGUUUCGCCGAUCAUCGUCCCGGUAAGGCUUUUCCUCAUAAGAUAUGAUAUAUACUGUACCCUCGCGAUCGUUCACGAAUAUCAUUGUAAAAUAUUGUACGGCGAUAUUAUUAUUAUAAUUAUUAUUAUUAUUGGCGUAUGUAUUAAUAUAUAAUAUGAUAUUACUAUUAUUAUGAUAAGAAUAUAUAGUUAUUUAUUUGAUGUUAAACGCGUUUUUAUUUUAUUUUAUUUUUUUUUUUUUUAGAGAGAUUGUCGUAAAUGUUAAUUAUUUGUUUUGUAAUGUAUAACCUGUAAAACGUGUAAAAACGUCUUUCAUCCAUCCCCUACCGCACCCGCCCCAUCGUUUCUGUACAUAUAUAAAAAAAACGUGAAGUUGUACGUACACAAAAAAGUACAUUAUAUAUCAUGUACAAUACGCGGUUUCCGAUCGAAAUAUCGGUACACAU